GGUGGAGUGAGGCUGCCUCAGAGGUAUUUGACACCCUCCAGCACAUUUUUGAGCAGAGCUUUAGAAGACGCUUAAUUGCAACUUGCUUCAGUCCGCUUCCCUCCAGAUGUCUGAACUGCUUCCGAACAUCAGAUUUAAUUUUUUUACCUUAAGGUGAGAACGUUAAGCACAAAGCGGCACUGUGCUUUUACGCAUGGAGGUUGGAAUCAGUCUGACAUCAACGCAGAACUGCCUUUCAAGAUGCAACCGAGUACAUGAGACCUUUUAAGGGCUUGAAGAAGGGCUUAAAAGGAGAGCAACGAUGCGAGGCACUGAGUUGCUGCUCGGUUACUUUCUGGUGAAAGUUCUGGUGUGUGACGCGGAGGGCGAACUGGAUCAAACCGCGGAUCGCUUCAUGAUAAUAACGGGGUUUAACGAGUCAGCAGAGGGGGAGAGCGCAGCCACAGAAAGCCCGCACACGGAGGACAAGUGCCGCGGCUAUUACGACGUAAUGGGUCAGUGGGACCCGCCGUUCGUGUGCAGGACGGGCAACUACCUGUACUGCUGCGGCACCUGUGGCUUCAGGUUCUGUUGCGCGUUUAAAAGCUCCCGGCUGGACCAGACCACUUGUAAGAACUACGAUACCCCGCCGUGGAUGAUGACCGGCAGACCUCCACCAAAAGUGGACGUGGCGCUGGAGUCAGCCAAGGAUAAAACCAACCUCAUCGUCUAUGUCAUCUGCGGGGUCGUGGCCAUCAUGGCACUUAUAGGGAUUUUCACCAAGCUCGGUUUGGAAAAGACGCACCGUCCUAACAGAGAUAUGACAAGAGCUCUUGCACACGUGAUCCGCCAUCCUGCUUCAGAAGAUACAGAUGACAUCGGACUGAGCCAACACUAUGAGAACCUACAAACGAGACUGACACUUGACAAUUUCCACCACAAUCAGAUGAACAAUGUGGCCCAAUCUCCAACUUUAGUAUGUCAGCCAUAUCCAGCAGUGGGACAGAUCACCAGUCCAUAUGAACAACAGACACCCCUCAAGGAUCUCAACACGUACAACACUCUGAAGGCUGUGGCAGAGAAAGCAAAUGACAAGUACCAAACCAACCGCAGGCAAGCGAUUGAGAUGACAGCCAAGGGCAGCCUUCCCAUGGAAAGUGUGGAUAUGGAGUCAGAACCUCCAAAUCCUUACAGCCCACCAAGACAGCACUCUAUGAAGCACAACGAACACAAGUACAAAAGCCACAGGAGCCACAGCUCCCAGUCACUGUCCCACAUCUCCAACAUAGCAGUCAGCCCAGGGGGGCUGAGAUCCUGGCAAAGCAAAGACAUGCUGGGACUCCGACAGAGCUAUGGCCAAAAGAAACCCGGCAUCACAGAGAAAGAGCUACACAGCUCCCGCUACAUGCCUCCACAACCUUACUUUGUCACCAACAGUAAGACAGAAGUGACAGUAUGAGCGUCUGUCAUCUUCAGGCUGAAAAUAAGACCGAAUUUAUAUAUUUAAAAAAACUGUAAGUGCUGCCGAUGAGUGGGGCAACAUGGACUGUACUAAGUGCAUCUGUUUUUGGAGCGAGCAGCAAGAUGCCAUCUAAAGCGGUGAUGGGGCCCUGAGUCUGUCAUUGAGCCUCUUGGGGGCACUGUAAUCAAAAUGUCGUCUUUGAUGCUCAUAUAAU